AUGGCCGUGACUCGCCCAAAGUACCAGACAUCUACAUCGGAUGUGGAAGGGUACACCCGCAUUAAACAUGUCUAUGUGCCCAUGCGCGAUGGGAUUGAGCUUUGUGCCGACCUCUUCCUCCCGUUUGCUGCAUCAAAAGAGGCCAGGAAGGUGCCUGUCAUUUGCAGCCUGGGACCAUACGGCAAGGAUAUUCAUGCCUCACGGUUUGGGUUGCCGAAGACCCCUAUUUAUGCGGAAAUGUACAAGCACAUAACACCUUUGGGGCCGGACGCUGCUUUUGAGCUGUGUGAGCCCACUAUAUGGUGCAGGGAGUAUGGGUACGCCCUUCUUCGGGUCGACACGCGCGGUAUUGGGGGCAGCCAAGGGAAACUGGAUCCCUUUGGCUUGGAACGAUCCGUCAAUAUCCAAGCCGAUGCGGAAGGGCAAGAUCUGUACGACAUCGUUGAAUGGGCGGCGGUGCAGUCGUGGUGUACCGGCAAAGUGGCCUUUUCAGGAAUCAGCUAUUUUGGGAUGGUGGGCUAUUGGGCGGCAAUGCAGAGGCCACCGCACCUGAGUUGUGUCAUGUCGUAUGAAUCCGCCUGCAGCAUGUACCAGGUGGCCCGACGAGGGGGCAUUUAUAGCAACAAUUUCCAGUCCCAUUGGUACCACAACAUUGUUGUGCCUUCCCAAGGUGGAGCGCAAGACGGUACGCUCAGCGAAGAAGAGCUCGCCGCGAAUAGGGUGGACUACCCGAAACUGCUUUCAGAGACUGAAUACCCCACAGACGGACCUUGGUCUGUACUGGAACGAGUCCGCAGGUUGUCAGACAUUGAAGUCCCAUUCUACAGCGCAGGAAACUGGACCGACCCGGAGCUCCACCUGCCCGGCAAUCUUCGUGCUUUUAACGGCAUAAGCUCCAAACACAAGUGGCUUGAAAUGCACACGGGAAACCAUCUAGGAGCCUUUUACGAGCCUGAGCAUAUCAAACUACAGAAGCUGUUCCUCGACUGCUUCCUUUUCGACAAAACAGACAAUGGAAUAUUUGAUGUUCCUCGAAUUCGAUUGCUUCAGCAUCAUGGCACCGAGACCUUCUAUCGAGAGCAUGAGCUGGCUUUCCCUCCGCCUGACGCUGAAGAUACCAGCUUGUACUUGACCCCUGGCAAAAAACUGUCUCUUGAAAGGCCGACCGAGGCAAAAGUCGCAUUCACCUACCAAGCUCUCAGGGAUAAUCUUAUGUUCGAACUGAAUGCUGCAUUUUCAGAAUCCUUUGAGCUCCUGGGCUCCCCAUACAUGGAGCUUGAGGUCAGCACGACGGCCCGGGAUCUGGAUCUUUUCAUCCAUCUCCGUGCGAUUGACCAGGACGGAAAUACGAUCGUUCUGAAGGGCAAUCACGGGGAGCCUAUGGACAACUUUGCUCGCGGUUACUUUCGUCUGUCGCACCGGGAUGAGGUUGCAAGGAACUUUACCAAAGAGCGAAUCCUGGCUCAGCCCCAGCUUCCACCUUCUGACGUGGUUCCUGCGAAUGUCUACUCGGUGUUGGUGCCUCUGUAUCCCACUGCAUUUCUCUUUGAUGCAGGACAGAAACUUAGCAUGGAGAUUGGCUCGGUCAAUACCCCGACCACGAUUCCUCCCAUGCGGCAUGAGGGCGGGGACCGGUCUAUCGCUCGGUUCGAGGGCGAAAAUGUAGUUUUUUCCCAUGGUCGGCUUGUUCUUCCCCGCGUGAGAAGGUAA